GUGUGGACAUCUGCUCACUAUCAGUGGAGUUUUGUUUACAAAUAAAAUUGUUGUAAGAGAAGCAUGAGAUAGUGCUUGGAAACAAUUCAAAGGGGAAGUGAAAAUAUAUGCACUAGAGUCUGCUAGUUUUGGCAAAAAAGCAUGGCUGGCAGCGCCGAGGUUCUACUUUUAGUUUAAUUUGCUGAACCAGAAAAAAUUAUUCAAUGGAGAAGAACAGUUUGAGUAAUAGCUUGAAAGACCAUAGUAUUGGCAGUAAAGGAAGCAGCAACAACAACAACAAGCUAAAAUUCUCAUGGAGCUAUAAUAGCCAGAACGGUGGAGACGAUUAUCUUGGUGGGUUUUCAUGGCCGCCAAGAUCUUACACAUGUAGCUUCUGCAAAAGGGAAUUCAGAUCUGCUCAAGCCCUUGGAGGUCACAUGAAUGUUCAUAGAAGAGACAGAGCUAGGUUAAGACAGUCACCUCCAAAGGAGACUACUCAAUGUCCUAAUGUUCUCAACCUUAACGUUAACCCUAACCCUAACCCUAGUUUAUCUUCUUCUCCAUUUACUUCUACGUUAUCUUCCAUGGCUACUCCUCCUCUUUCCGCAUUAUCCUCUCCAACUUUCGCUUCUUCUAGUGAAAUUAAGAAAUGGGGUAUUAAUGAUUUUCCAUUUCAUGAUCCAUUAACUCCCAACAGUUCAGAUUUAACAAAAUCAGAAACUGGAAAAUCUUUCUUAAACGGUGAAGAAUUUGAUGGAUGCAAGCUGUUGAAGAAAGCUGAGAUUCUGAGGUUAGAUUUGGAAAUCGGUCUCGUUAGCGAAUCGAAAGAGGAUUUGGAUUUGGAACUUCGAUUGGGUUACUCUUAGAAGAAGUUUAACACGUACGUAUAUGACAUAUGUAUCUAAAGUUGCACCAGUUAUAUUUAUCUUUACUAGUUGAGUUUAAUGUUGAAGAUGCAUAUACAUAUAUUUCAAAACCAAAGUUGUUCGUCGUUUUAUCCUUUGUUGGACAGGAUAUUUAAUUUCGACUAUAUUUGGUAAGAAAAUUUCUGUUUGUCUAGAUUUAUUGUCAGUCUCUUAGAUUUGGACACAGAAAAGCUUCUGGUUUAACAACUUAAUUAUUAUGCUGUUUUUUUUUUCU